AUGCUAAAAUAUCUUCAUGAAAAGGGCUGUCCAUGGGCCGCACCAGCCUGUUCCCGUGCGGCCGAGGGUGGUCAUUUGGAUGUUCUGCAAUAUUUGCAUGAACAUGGAUGUCUGUGGGACGAAGGGACAUGUAGGGGUGCGGCUAAGAUUGGAAAUUUGGAAGUUCUCAAGUAUGCCCACGAAAAUGGUUGCCAAUGGGUCGAAUUGUCAUGUUCCUAUGCGGCUCUGAGUGGUCAUUUGGAUAUUCUCAAGUAUCUUCAUGAAAAUGGCUGUCCAUGGAACAAAUGGACAUGUGAAAAUGCUGCUGGAGAGGGUCACUUGGAUGUUUUGAAGUACCUUCACGAACAUGGAUGUCCAUGGGAUGAAGAGACUUGCUCACGUGCUGCUUUAAGAGGUCAUUUGGAUGUUUUGAAGUAUGCCCAUGAAAAGGGCUGCCCGUGGGGCAGUAGGACAUGUGAUUAUGCUGCCAAUCAGGGCCAUUUAGAAUGCAUCAAGUAUCUUCAUGAACAUGGCUACAGCCCAUGGGAUAAAGACACAAUAUGGUAUGCGGCUGAGGGUGGUCAUUUGGAUAUUCUCAAGUAUCUUCAUGAAUAUGGAUGUCCAUGGGAUGAAAAAGCCUGUGGAGAGGCUGCGUCCUCUGGCAAUUUGGAGAUGCUAAAAUUUCUCCGUGACAAUGGCUGCCCAUGGAACGAAGAGGCAUAUGCACGUGAUGCUGCUUAUAAUGGUCAUUUGGAUGUUUUGAAUUAUCUGGUGGAAAAUGGCGCUCCAUGGAAUGAAGAAACUUGCAUGUAUGCUGCUUAUAAUGGUCAUUUGGAUGUUUUGAAGUAUCUUCAUGAACAUGGAUGCCCAUGGAAUGAACAAGUCUUUGCGGUGCUGCUCGGGGUGGUUAUUUGGAUGUUUUGA